AUGGCUGACUCACAAUCCUCUGGCCCUCCCGACUGGGUGGCGCUGGUUGAAGCGGCGGAUCCCCAGCCUUUCCUGCUGUCGGUGCAGCUCCUACUGCAAUCACCGCAGAUGCAUUUUAAGUCGAUCCAGCAGAGCCUUAGCACCGUAUUAUUCAAAAAGGUCGAACCCAGACGCAGCCUGGAGUUCUUACUUUGCUGUCUGGAGGUGCUCGUGCUGGGGCCGGAUGCUUCCCCACCCGGUAAAGCAACCGCCACCGCCACGCCAGCUUCAUCUCCCCAAACCGACCCUGUCCCCACAUCAUCCCAUACGGCUAUCGACUCGGCACUGGGGUUAGAAAUCUCUUCGACAUCGCGCGUGGCGGCGAUUGCAGUCGUACAGAAAGGCAAUGUCCCCACCGCCGACGUAGGUGGCAAGCUCACUGCUGGCGAUAUCCUGGAGCCGCAGGAACAGCAGCAGCAGACGCGGCCAGCGAAGGACACUUGGAGCGGAACCAUGAGCCACCUCUUGCUUGAGCUAAUCCAGCAGCACCACCAGCAAGGGCGGGAAGGCCGGCAGGGACAAAAGCAAGGGCAGAAACAAUCCGGGCAGCCGCAGGCGCAACUGGGCGGUACGGCAACAGGGGAGCUCGCUGAACAGCACCAGCCGAUGUUGCCAGCGGCUUUCGCGACGUACCACCGCCCGCGGGUGCUGCGGCUUUUCUCUGCGUGCUACAGCCAGCCCCGCUACGCCCGCAUCGCUCUCAAACUGGCGCAGGUGUUUGACCUUAGCGGUGCUGACGUGGCGGACGCCCCGGCACUCGCUGCGGCGGUUUCGGAGCUGCUUUCCGACCGUGUAACGCUCACACCGGGACUGGGCCUAGUGAUGCAUUUCCAGGUGAUAUUCGUUGAGACGUGUAUUUCCGCGGACCGGCUCAAGGCAGCUGCCCGGGCUACUCGGCUGUUCGGACUCAGAGCGGAGUUCCCCGACAUCGAGGCCCGCUACCGCCGUGCCGCGCUGUCCAAGUUGACCUCCAAGCGGGUGUGGGGGGUGGCAGCUGCCUUUGUGGGCGGUGAUGCCGCCAUGCAGCUCGAGCUGCUGCAGCAGAUGGUGGAGGCGGGCGAGGCCGGCCUCGCGGACGAGUACCGCAAGCGCUUCGGCCUCCCCCCCACCGCCCUCCAGCUGGACCCGGAAGUACUCGCAGCUCAGGAGGCAGCACGGGCGGAGCGGUUCUUGCCGCUGGCGCUGCCGCCGUCCGCCGUGUUGUUUGUGGACGGACCCACGGGUCUUCGUGCCGCGGCAGCGGCGCUGUCCGGCGCGGAUCUGAUCGGAAUCGAUGUGGAGUGGCGGGCUACACAGGGCCUGGCAGAUUGGGAGGUGGCGGCGGCAGGCGAUGGGGAGGGGGAGGGGGAGUACGGCGAGGGCGUGGAAGGGGAGGGGGAGGGGGAUGCGGACGGGGAGGAAGUGUGGCGGCGGCGCCGUCGCGGCGGCGGCGGUGGAGGUGGCGGUGGUCCCACUCGCGCCAGCUUACUUCAGGUCGCCACCCAUGAUGUUGCCGUACUGUUUGACCUUCCGGCGCUCUGUGGCGGCGGCGCCGCCGUCGCGGACGCUACCGAUGUGGCGACGGACGUGCCGGCGGAGGAAAGGAAUGAGCAGGAGCCUAAUUUGGACAUUGACUCGGUGCUAGCACCUCUGUUCGGUCCAGGGGGGGCGCUGGUGCUCGGCUUCGGCCUGGCAG